AUGAUAGUUGACUCAAACGACUUGUCUGGUGAUCAAAAGUAAGAGUAUCCACGUUCUCGUGUACAGUUCUCCAUGAUUACAGAAAAAAUUUCGUGAGUCACCUCUCACAAGUGAAAGCUGUCUUAUCUCAAAAGAAUCAUGUGAUCAAUAUAAAACAUGUUUUUUUGAUAACUCUUUCUAUAUCCCGACUUGUUAUAAUUUUUUAAAACAAAUAUCUCUAGAUUCAUAUUUAUACAAUGCAUUUACUUUAUUUUCUUAAACGAAAUAUAUUGAUUAAUUUUUUAUUCAUGAUUUCUUAGAUCAAAAUGACAAAAAUCAAUUCUUCCUCAUUCAAUUAGAUAAAUGUUAGAUUAAUUGCACAGUUAAAUUAAUAUUAUUAGAAAAAUGUUACAAAUCGCAUGUUUACUGCUACUAAUAGAUUAUUAAGAAUAGUACUACUUCUUUUAUAUAAUAGUAAGAGAUCUAAUAAUGAAAUAAUAAAAAUGUAAAAUGAAACAAUAAGUAACGUACAAUUCUUAAAUUAACUAAACAUCUAAUCAUCCUAUUUGAAUAAUUGCGCCAAAUAGUUAAAUUGUGUAACAAAAAUACAUAUUUUACAUUGUCAGUUCAGUAGUAUUAUUAGUAGAAUAUUUACUUAUUUGUGGAAAAUUUAAAAAUACAUAAAUACAUACAAAAUAUUAUAAAUGAUCACAAAAGAUAUGUGAAACCACAGUACUUUUCAUAAUAUCUGGCAAGUAUUUAAUAGUCAAUUAUUGCAAAAUUUUUAUACAAAGUCUUUUGUAAGUAUGAUACGUGCAAAGAUUUCUUAGAAUUUUUCCUAAAAAUAUUGUGUCUAUAAGGAAACAUAUUUCCUUCAUUUCCUAGUAAGGAAAAUUUCCAUCGAAAACUAAAUAAUAAUUCCAUGUAUCAUAUGUAUAUAUACAUAUGUAGCAUUAUUAUUGUUCUUAUUGCUAAUUUUAUAAUUUGUGCUUCUAUACUUUAAAGUCUAUGUUUCUUUCACAGUUACUUAUUUGAACAAUAAAAUUUUUAUCUAUGUUCUUUCUUCUUAUUUAUUUAAACACUUUAUAAAACAACUAAACGCAGCGUUUCACAAAUUAUUCAAUUUAAACAUUUAAUAAAAUAACCAAACGCACUAUGUUUCUGUUAGAGUUCUUUCUAUCCAUACAUCCCGUACAUUAUAUCCCGAACUCUGAUUUUGAAUUAUUUAAAAAAAGGAAUGCCUCGUCAAUUUCAAUGAUCUUGAAUAUGUUAUCAAGAUCAUGAUCCUGAGUCAACUUCUCCUUAAACAUGAUACUCGAUCUCGGUUUCCGAGGUUUCCACUUCCGGUUGGCUGAAAUUUUGAAGAUAUUAUACUUCAUUUUAUGUAGAAACAAUGUAUACAAGGACUUUUGGUGAAAGAUACAAAUGCAAUUAAUAAAGUAUUGAAAAUACUUUUAUGUAUAUUUGCAUCCCGUAUUUCAACAAAUUAAAAAAAUAAAUAGUCUAACUGAAAUAUUCAUUUCAUUUUAAAAAAUUAUCAACUCUUUAAAAAUAUAUGAAAAAAAGAAAAAAUAUCAAAAGGAACGAUAUUAGUUGGAUAUUUUUAUUGGGUAAAAGAAUAAUCGAUAUUAAUCAAACAAAUCUAUCAUUUGAAAAUAUUUCACAAAAAUAAAUGAUUCUUAAUGAAUAAGUUAUCUGUGGAAAUAUUGUUAUAUAUACUGAAGUAUAGACUAUAAUAGACUCUCGAAUAUCCUAUUACAUAUCCAAAAAUCAUUGAAAUUAAUGAAAUUUGCCCAUUAAAAAAUACUAUACCAAAAGCAACUGAGUUAUUUAUAAAUAUUUUUAUAAAUAACUCAGAAAUUAAGAUCGAUUUGUGUGUGUGUGUGUGUGUGUGUGUGUGUGAGAGUAUAAAUCUGCUCAUUAUCCACGUAAAAAAAUAUCAUUUUGUUAUAUAAUUUAUGAUAAUAUACAAUUAUUAUAUAUUGUUAUAAUUAUUAUAUAUAUAAUUAUUAUAUAUAUAUUUUUAUAUCGUGUAUCUUAUAAUUUAUAAAAAAUUUAAAUACUUAUACAAAAUAAUAUAUAAAAAAAACUAUAAAAAUAAACAUUAAUACAUUUUGCAAUAAAACAAAAUUAUUUGAAAGUGUAAAAUUUAGAAAUAUAGAAAAACAUAAAAUUUCCAACAUAUAAUAUUCUUUAUAUUUAACAGGUGAACUAAUUUUCUACUUAGAUUUCAUCUUUUUAAUUAUUUUUGCAUAAAUAUCCACAAUCUAUUUAUUGCAAAUGAAACAAAUAUUUGUACAAAUAAAAUUAACAAAUAACAUAUUUGUUAAUAUAUAUCUUGUAAUAGUUUGUACAUUUCAAGGUACUACAUUUCAAGGUAUUUCAUAGGUAUUACAUUUCAAGAUUAAAAAUAUUGUUAUAAAUCGAUGAUAGAAGUAUACCUAAAAAAGAGAUAGAAUCCUGAACAAAUAGCAUCAUUAUUUUUAACACGAAACUACUAAACAUCAUUAUUUUUAAUAUAAAAUCAGAUUAUUAGCUUUCAAAAGUUAUUUUUUGAAAAAAGCUAAUAUUUAAAACUUUCUGUACAUUUUGAUCUUUCCUGAGUCUCCUAGGGUUUAAACGAAUCAAUUUUUAUUUUUGAUCUUAGAAUUCAACUCUCGAGAUUAAAUUUCGAAAUAUUGAUAUUUAAUAUUAUUAUAAUCUUGAAAUAUUUAAAUUUAGAAACUUAAUUACUUUAAUUUGUUCAAAAGAGCAAUUAAUAGAAAAAGAUAAUCGAGAUAAAAUAUUUGAUAUGAUAUAUUUUUGUUAUAGAUUCUUUGGACUGCUCUCUCUGUUGCUCUGGGCGUUGAAUUGCGAGGAGAUUUGGUACGUGGUGUACCAUGCAUUAAAAAAUAUCAUCAGCUGUUUUGUCCAACUGCAGGAAAUACAUAUCCAAUAGAACGGAUAGAACGUUUUAUUGAUGAAAAUAAGGCAUUGAUGAAGAGAAUGUACGGUGACUUUGAAAUGAGUUCAGGAUACGGCUCCCCAACAAAAGAACCUGGCCAUCGAACACGUAGAAGAAGAAAAAGCAGGGAAGCUACAGAACACAAUAUCCCUGACGGUGGUCCUAGUUUUCGCGACGAACUGCAUCCAAAAAUCGAAGCUGAUGGUGACUCAUUUUUCGCUAAUAUCAGAAGGAUCAGAAAUCCUCGACAAUCUCCUGGAAAAAAUCGAAAUGAUAGUGGCAGAGUCGAUGCAUGUGAGUCUAAAGUGGAAAUUGUAACUCCUUACUGGGCCAGCAACAGUGCUGGCAAAAUUCGUGCCAUUGUGAACACACAACAUUUUGAGCAGGCCAUUCACCAGGAAGUUUGCUCAAAAACUCAGACAAACCGUUGUACUGGCGAUUGCGGUUGCGAACAAAAGUAUAAAUGGCACAGAUUACUUGCGUACGAUCCUGAUAACGAUUGCAAAGGUAUUUUUAUGGACUGGUUCCUUUUCCCGUCUUGCUGCGUCUGCAGAUGCGACCCGACUACCAAUAAAUUUUCCUCUUCGAACAAUCGAAAUUAA